AUGUCUCGCUUCUCAUCUACUCUCGCAGAUGCACAUGCAGCACUACAAGCUGAAAAUCUGCCAAAAGCUCAGACACUCUUCCAAGAGCUUACAAGACAACCGAAAGCGACGACGGCGGACUGGUACAACCUCGGUGUCGUCCAGUGGAUGCAGCGAGACGCAAAAGGAGCGGUAGAGUCAUGGCAAGCGGCUCUCAAAGCGGAAGAAGCAGACAAGCAGACUCUCUCGUCAUGUCAUACCAAUCUUGCAAACUAUUUUCUGCUCGCAAAACAGGAUGCUGCCAAGGCCAGCAGUCAUCUCGCAGAGGCGGUCAAACUGACGCCGGAAGAUGGCGAGAUUCGUUACAACUAUGGACUCGUGCUCGAGAAGCAAGAUGAAUUGCAGCUUGCACUAGAAAACUACCUGCGAGCCGAGGAGGCCGGUGUGCUCAAGGAGGAUCCAAGCAAGAUGGAGACGCUGAUUCGCAAUGUCAGUGCAAAGCUUCUUGCUCGCAACAAGGAUAUUCCCGAAUCAGAGCAAGAAAUCGAAGCUCGGCGCAUGCUGGAUGAAGCGAAAGAAAAGGCCGAUGCGGGUGGCAUGGGUACGCAGGUGGAUUGGGGUAAGCAUGGCGACGGGCGCUAG